CCUCUCUUCUCUUUCUCUUUCAAUCUAAUCUUCUUCUUCAAACUCUUAUCUCUAGGGUUCUCUUCUCCUCUCUGUAGGUAGGAUUUGAAAACUCAAUCUCCCCUUCAAAUUUUUUCUUACUCAACGUACCAUUGGCUUCAUCGCACAAUUCAUCCCUCGUCGAUAGUCGAAAUCUCAUAAUCCCAAAGGUAAAACAAUCAAUUCAGAAGGAUACGAAUCUUGGAUCCUUAGGAUUAUUGCCAAUUGAACCAAUCCCGAUGGCGUUAGCUAUGAAGCCAUUCAGAGCCGACGAUUCGGGUUUCAAAUCGAAUAAUCUUUGGGUCGGUAGCCUUACGAUGGAAACGACAGAGUCAGAUCUGACGGAGCUGUUUGGAAGAUACGGCGAUAUUGAUAGAAUCACGGCGUAUUCUUCACGUGGAUUCGCGUUUAUAUACUACAGACAUGUGGAGGAAGCCGUCGCAGCGAAAGAGGCUCUUCAAGGAGCAAAUUUGAACGGGAGUCAGAUUAAGAUCGAAUACGCGCGACCGGCAAAACCUUGUAAGAGUCUUUGGGUGGGUGGAAUCAGCCCGAGUGUCUCAAAGGAUGACCUGGAGGAAGAGUUCAGCAAGUUUGGGAAAAUCGAGGAUUUUAGGUUCCUUAGAGAACGCAAGACAGCUUUCAUCGAUUAUUAUGAGAUGGAUGAUGCUUUACAGGCUAAGAGCAUGAAUGGAAAGCGAAUGGGUGGUAGCUAUUUGCGGGUUGAUUUUCUCCGGUCGCAAGCGCCAAGAAAAGAACAAUGGGCUGGCUCUUAUGAUAACAGGAAUGGCAAUAUGAAUCAGAAACCGCAGUAUCCUCACUCAUAUGAAGAUGGUAAAGGAGAUGGCCAGCCAAGUAAGGUUCUGUAUAUUGGGUACCCUCCUAUGUAUCGGAUAGAUGAACAAAUGCUACACAAUUCAAUGAUACUCUAUGGUGAGAUAGAGAGGAAGAAGAGUUACCCAUCAAGGCAUUAUGCACUUGUGGAGUUUAGGAGUGUGGAGGAAGCUCGCCAGGCCAAGGAAGCGCUACAGGGGAGGUUAUUUAAUGAUUCUAGAAUCACAAUAAUGUACUCAAACGAAGAGCUGCCUCCUGAGGAAAACCAUACUAGUUUUUACUCUGGUGUGAAACGAUCAAGGCCAGAUAUGUUCAACAAUGAUCCUUCAUUUGUAUCUUCUCCUCAUUCUACUGGAAUUCCUGGGUCUAUGAGGCCCUUCAGAGGUAGCAAUGAACAUCCUUAUAAUGGUUCAGAAUACAACGAUGUUGUAACUAAGGAGCCAAACUGGAGGAGGCAAUCACCAAAUGGAACUGGAAUACUCCCAUCUCCAACAGGAACUGGAAUCCUCCCAUCUCCUGCACAAGGUAUGAGGCAUCCUACGAGGCCAAAUCCUGGUUCUUGGGAAGGAUAUGAUCCUGCUCAGUUGGACAGGGAAAGUAAACGAACCAGAAGAGAUGGAUCGGUGGACGGUCUUACUCCAAUGGGUGUAGAUGAGAGGUCAUAUGGGCGUGGUUCAGGUGCUGCUAGGCCUACCCGUGGUUACCCUGAUUCUGACAUGUGGAGAGGAAUGAUUGCCAAGGGUGGAACUCCCGUCUGUUGUGCUCGUUGUGUACCUAUUGGAAAGGGGAUUGAAACUAAACUCCCUGAGGUCGUCAAUUGCUCAGCAAGAACUGGUUUGGAUAUGCUCGCCAAACAUUACACCGAAGCCAUUGGAUUUGAAAUCGUUUUCUUCUUACCAGACAGUGAAGAAGAUUUUGCGUCUUACACUGAAUUUCUCCGGUACCUUGGCUCAAAAAAUCGGGCGGGUGUUGCAAAAUUAGAUGAUGGAACAACUUUAUUUUUGGUACCUCCAUCAGAUUUCUUAACUGAUGUACUCAAAGUGUCCAGUCGAGAACGGCUUUAUGGUGUUGUUCUCAAGUUGCCUCCACCAGCCGUUCCUGUUGCAGCAUCAUACAGACAAGAAUCUCAGUUCCACCCACUGCCUUAUACAGAUCAAGCCCGGGAUUCACCUGCCAAUGUCAGUCACAGUUUAUAUCCUCGUAUGGAAAAUUACAAUAUGGGUGCACCAGAACAUUUGACAGCUCCUUCAAAACCAUCCGUUAGUGAACCUCUCAGAAUACCUAACAGUGCAGCGGCUCAAGCUGGAGUUAGUUUAACUCCUGAGCUUUUAGCCACUCUGGCAUCUUUUCUCCCUCCAACUUCUCAACCUGCUCCCCCUGAGAGUCACCAACCUGUGUCCGGCACUUCAACAGUUGUUUCUACAGUACCUCAAUCCACUGUACUGUACAAUGCAGAAGCACCAUCAAAUCAAUCAUUCCAACAAUAUGGAAGUCAAUACACUCAAGCAGGGCAGCUACCUCCUCCUCCUCCCCCUCCUAUGCGUUACCCUCCAGCUUCAAACAACCCCAGCUACUCUAGUGGAAUAGUCCAUGGCAACAUGCAAUACCAAGGCCAAUCUGUUAACAUGCCUCAGCUGUCUCCGUUACCAAAUAUCCCUCAAAAUAGUUAUGCCAUGUACACUCAGGGUUCAACAAAUUUUCCUGUUUCUCAGCCCAUGACACAGCAAUACCGACCAGAAGCUUCCAUGCCAAACCAAAACUAUGGUCCAAUUUCAAGCUAUCAGCAACCUAAUUAUCAUGGCGUAACAACAAAUCAGGUGCCUAACUUAAAUCCUUCCCAGUUUCAAGUUGGGAUGCAACCACCAGCUGACAAGGCAAACUUAGAGCCACAAAGCCAAGCACCACAGUCGCAGCCUAUGCUCUCUGGGGGUGGUCAGGGUACAACAGAUGGGGAUGUUGAUAAGAACCAGAGAUACCAGUCAACACUACAGUUUGCCGCAAACCUUCUUCUCCAGAUACAGCAGAAGCAGCAGCAACAGUCUUCAGGCACUCCGGCUGGACAGGGGCCUUGAAACUACUCCACUCGCCAUCACAAUCUUCAAGGUGGUGGUUUGAGGGCUAAAAGUGCUAAAACUUACCUGACCAAGAGAGAGGCUUGUGCUAUUGUAAGAAGUGUGCGAACAAGAUCCUACAGACGCGACCAAACGUUGUUAGCUCAUCUUCGUUUUGUUUUUUCUUCGAUAGGUUUUUAAAUGCGUGUUUAGAUGAAAAAGGCUGUAUAAAAAUGAAUGUGAUUUUAGAUUGUUUUUUCUAAUUAGUUUUUUGUUCUUCGCAUAAAACAUAUGCUUGGCAUUUUGUCAAAAUUGUUGAUGAUACUUCAAUGGAGAACCCCCCAGAGUUUUUCUUUGGUU